AUGUUCUUGGCAGGCCGCGCAGGGCACCGCUACCUGCCCGGCGAAAAAAUCGCUAUAGACAAUCUUUCAACAUAUCCGAAUCAAUCGGAAGAACCCAAGCGUAGUGAGACUGCGCCGCGCCUACGGCCGUUAUCGAGGGGGCGCGAGUUUACUCCCGAGCUGUCGGUAAUACAAGAGGUGUCGGCAGCUGAGGAGAAACAGGCGGAGGAGGAAGAAGAAGCUGCGAAUGCAGAAGGGGGGCAGGAAUUGGGCUACGAAGAGGACAUUAAGGUGGAAAACAAGAAGUUAGAUGAAGCAAACGAAAUGUCCUCUAAAGCUAUGCGAGCAGCACCAGGCGUUAGUUUUGUUGAACAUUCUCUUAAGGGCAAUUGCAAUUCUUGUGCGCCGCUUAUCCUAAAGAGGAAUAUAUCAGACUCCGGUACCAGAACAUCUUAG